UGCAAGCGUGUCUUCCGUCUAUAGCAAAAUGCUCGGUUUGGUUUCUUGCUUGUCGAUACGGAGGAAAACGUGUCGCUUGAGUGUUGUUUUUAUGCUGGAACCUAGUACUACAUAUUAUUUACCAUGUUUCAGGUAUCAGCAAAGCCGAUCAAUCUCAGUCCGUUCUACAACGUUUCGUCGUGGAAACUGAAUUUUGCGCCAGUGGGACUAAAGAUGCGGGUUUUAGCCAGCGCUCCUGUAUUAAAAAAAGAGGUCUUCGAUCGUCUCGUACUUUUCUUUCGUUGUGGCUUACGAAAUGUUAAAGAAUCUCGCUUUGAUGCGGAUUGUGACGUCGCAAGGCCCAAUGUUUGUUUGCCACUUUCUCCCGUCCAGUGCAUAGCAUUGAUGUCAGCUUUAGUCUUUCCGAGGACAUCAACCAGCCGAGCAGAGCCAUCUUCUCCAUUAAGGGUCCCACGUUCCAGAUGCAUGCCUUCAAAUCUUUGUUCUUUUCCUUUGAACGGCCGACGCGCUCAUCAUCAAAAGAAAAGGAUCAUCUUGCAAACGAUAGGUUUGACCUGCAAAACGCUUGUGACUACUCGUACUUGGAAUUUGCUUUAUUUGUUUCUUAAGUCAUCUUAAGUGCUUUAAAACAAACUUUCGUACAUCUGUACUUAAGCUCUUAUAAUUUGCUAAAAUUUUGUCA